AUGAUUGAGGUGUUUAAAAUUAUGCAUGGUGUGGAGAAUGUAGAGUAGAAGAAAUUUUUCUCCCUCUCUCCUAACACUUGAAUCUGGGGUGCAUGCAGGAAGCUGAUUGGUGGGAGAUCUGGGACACCGAAAAGGAAGUACUUUUUCCCUGCCACAGGAAGUAGUGAUGGCCACCAAUUUGGAUGGCCUUAAAAGGGGAAGAACAAAUUCCCAUGUGUAACUUCCAUUAUCAGGGGCAGUAUGCCUGCAUAAGCGAGUUGCUAAGGAGGUUGGGCAGGAGCAGGUCUUGCAGUCAUCCUGCUCGAGGUAUCCUGUGGGCAGCUGGUUUGCCGCUGUGUGUAGAGAGUGCUGGAUGAGAGGAACCUCUGGUCUGAUCAAGCAUGGCUUUUCUUGUGUUCCUACGAUCCACAUAAUUUUCUUAAGGUUCUAAACCACCCUUCCAAAUUUGGUGCCUUCCAGAAGUUUUGGACUACAGCUUCCAUCACAUCCUGCUAUUGUCUAUGCUGACUGGGGUGAUGGGAGUUGUAGCCUAAAACAUUUGAAGGGUAUUGUAAUUAGGAAGGCUGUUCUGUUAUCUUCAAAUAGAAGAUUCCAUCAAAUAAGGAAUCUUCUGCCAUGCACUCAAAUAUAGGAUUGUCCUUUGUAGAAUCUGACACCUGGCCACCCUAAACUUUGAGACAAAAAGCCCUCCUCCCUUUUUUUCUCACCACAAUAAAAGAAAACACAACCCUUGUCAAAAAAACAACAGCUAAAAGCCACCUCUUCUGGGAGCAGCCUCUUAUUUUGUUUAUACCAGAAAUCAGCAACCCCAGUAAUUCACACUCGCACAACAGGUCUGUUGCAAUCAUAGCGGCUGUUGGCACAGAACAGAAGAAUCACGAGCUCCUUGUCAAUAAAUAAGGUAAUAAAUCUUGCCUUCAUACAGAUUAACAUGUUGUUUAAGCCCAGCUGCAGCUACAGCUGUAAUGCUGCCUUUGCAUGCCAACAAAGCUCCCAUCGAAGGAGCAUUCGGUGUCUCACUUGCACCUUGCCUGUCCUGAAACUUCCUGCCAUACACCAGCUGCCGUGAUGACCUGCUGCAGAAAGGAAGGGCUAGUCUGUAGUAGGGCUGUCGUGCUAUUUAUAUGAUCCACACAACAGCAGUCCAAAGGCAGCGUGUGCAGUAAAAAGGUUUUCCCAAAAGACAUGUGCCCAUCCUGGCUGUCAGAGCUCCAGUUUCCCAGAAGCAACAGCUUCUGAAAUGUCACACGGCCCACAGAAAACGAACAACCAGCAAGAAAGGAACAGUGUGACAGUCUUGUUUCCUAUUAGUAUGCGAGGAUCAGAAAUACUUCCUGCAGUGCAUCGUCGCUUUUUCUCCUCAGCUCUUCUAGUAGGAAUUCUCCACCCUUUUGCUACAUAGCAGGAUUCUCAGCAAAAGCGUGGGGACACCAGAACAUUCUGGGCUGGACACUGGGGAUGGUCUUUACCCACUGAUCUGGGGUUGGGACUUGGUCAUGGCAUAGUUUUUGGAUAUAAGAGUGGAUGACAAAUACUUCUGGAAUCUAAAGGAUAUAAAUGCAAACAAGUUUUCCAGCAUUGCUAAAGUCCCCGGGAGACAUGUUGUCAGAAGCUGAUGGCAGAAGUUAUUUUGCACCAGUGUGGUCUAAAGAGGCAGAAUAUCUACAACAACCUUCCCCAAACUGUUGCUAUCCAAGUGUGUUGAACUACAACUCCCAUCAUCCCAAGCCAGCCACUUCUCGACAUCAUCCUGUAGCCAAUGGCUAUGAGCUCUUCGAGGUUUCAGAGGAGAAAGAUGAAGAGGUUGCUGCCUUCUGCCAUAUGCUGGAUGUAUUGAGAUCUGGCUACAGUACAAAGGAUUACUCUCUUACUGGUUAUGUCUGGAGCAGUGUCAACCUCAGCCCUGAACACCUUGGCCACGGAAUCAGCUUGAAAGUGACUGUGGUUUAUGACAGCCUACAGGAGCCUCUCACCUUCACCUGUGACUGUUCCUCAACAGUAGACUUGCUUAUCUAUCAGACACUGUGUUAUACUCAUGAUGAAUUGCGUGGCAUCGAUGUGGAUGAUUUUGUACUCAAACUGUGUGGCCUGGAGGAAUUUCUGCAAAACAAACACCCACUGGGAAGUCAUGAAUACAUCCAGCACUGCAGGAAGUUUGAUAUCGACAUCCGGCUGCAGCUGAUGGAGCGGAAAGCUGUGCGCAGCAAUUUGGCUAGAACGGUGAAUGAUGAUCAGAGUUCUUCAACACUCAACCACUAUAUUCACCUCCAGGAGAGGCCGAUUAAACAGACCAUCACCAGGCAAGCGCUGAGCCUUCUGUUUGAUACUUUCCACAAUGAGGUUGAUGCAUUCCUUGCAGCUGAGGGAGACUUCCAGCCGAAGGCAGAACGGGUAAUCCAGUCUGUCAUGGCCAUUUGCAAUGCUUUGGCUGCUGUAGAGUCCCAGGAGAUCACAGGAGCCUUGAAUCAGCUGCCACCCUGUCCAUCUCGCAUGCAGCCCAAAAUCCAGAAGGAUCCAAAUGUUUUGGCCAUAAGGGAAAAUAGAGAAAAGGUGGUGGAGGCUUUGACAGCCUCCAUCUUGGAUCUGGUAGAACUCUACUGCAACACGUUCAAUGCAGACUUCCAGACGGUGGUACAUGGGAACAGAAAGCAUUAUCUCUCCCAAGAGGCCCGGCUUCUCUCCUGCCCCCUUUCCUUUACUGUCUAUGCCACUCAUCGCAUACCCAUCACCUGGGCUGCAAGCUAUGAAGAUUUCUACCUCUCCUGUUCGCUAAGCCACGGUGGCAAGGAGCUCGGGGGCCCCCUGCAGACCAGAAAAGCUCACGUGUACAAGUACCUUUUCCAUCUCAUCAUCUGGGACCAGAAGAUUUGCUUCCCAAUUCAAGUGAAUUGCCUGCCACGAGAGACUCUGCUGACAGCCACACUCUAUGCCAUUCCAGUUGCACCUCCUGGGAGCUCUUCAGAGACAAACAAGCAGCGGCGCAUCCCAGAGGCUUUGGGCUGGGUCACCACCCCACUUUUCAACUUCCGGCAGGUCUUGACCUGUGGACGGAAACUGCUGGGUUUGUGGCCAGCAACUCAAGGCCCCUCUAGUGCCCGGUCAAGUGCUCCCAACUUCAACCAGCCUGACAGUGUUAUUCUGCAGAUUGACUUCCCUAGCUCAGCAUUUGAAGUCAAGUUUACCAGCCCGCCAGCAGCAGAGUUCAGUCCCACAUACAACUUCAGCAGUCUCUUUGAGGGAGACCAGCAGAAGCUGAAGGAGGUGAUGCAGAAGGAAUCAUUCUAUUGGCUAACAGAUGCUGACCGGAAGCGGCUUUGGGAGAAGCGCUAUUACUGCCACUCUCAGCCAGGCUCGCUGCCUCUUCUGCUCGCUAGUGCUCCAAGCUGGGAAUGGGCCUGCUUGCCUGACAUCUAUGCCCUACUGAAACAAUGGACACACAUGAACCACCAGGAUGCCCUUGGGCUUCUACAUGCUGCGUUCCCAGAUCAGGAGGUGAGGAGGACAGCUGUGCAAUGGAUUGAUUCCAUAUCCGAUGCUGAGCUCCUGGAUUAUCUGCCCCAGCUGGUACAGGCCCUCAAAUAUGAAUGCUACCUCGACAGCCCUCUAGUGCGGUUUCUUAUGAAGAGAGCCAUCUGUGACCUGAGGAUUACCCACUAUUUCUUCUGGUUGCUGAAGGAUGGCCUUAAGGAUUCCCAGUUCAGCAUCCGUUACCAGUAUCUGCUGGCAGCUCUGCUGUGCUGCUGUGGGAAGGGCUUGCGAGAAGAGUUUGACCGCCAGUGCUGGCUUGUUAACACCCUGGCUAAGUUGGCUCAGCAGGUCCGUGAGGCUGCUCCAUCAUCUAGACAGGCCAUCCUUCGUGAGGGGCUGGAAGAUGUAAAGCAGUUCUUCAGCGUCAGUGGCUCCUGCCGCCUACCACUAAGUCCCAGCCUGCUCGUGAAGGGGAUUGUGCCCAGGGAUUGCUCCUAUUUCAACUCCAAUGCUGUCCCUCUGAAGCUCUCCUUCCAGAAUGUGGACCCUCUUGGAGAGAAUAUCCGUGUCAUCUUUAAGUGUGGAGAUGAUCUCCGGCAGGACAUGCUAACUUUGCAGAUGAUUCGCAUCAUGAACAAGAUCUGGGUGCAAGAAGGUUUGGACAUGCGCAUGGUCAUAUUCCGUUGUUUUUCCACCGGCCGUGGCAGGGGGAUGGUGGAGAUGAUCCCCAAUGCAGAAACCUUGAGAAAGAUCCAGGUAGAGCAUGGUGUGACAGGCUCCUUCAAGGAUCGUCCCCUUGCAGACUGGUUACAGAAGCACAAUCCCAAGGAGGAUGAAUAUGAGAAGGCAGUAGAGAACUUCAUCUACUCAUGUGCUGGCUGCUGUGUAGCCACUUAUGUGCUGGGAAUCUGUGACCGGCACAAUGACAACAUUAUGCUGAAGACCACAGGACACAUGUUCCACAUUGAUUUUGGCAGGUUUCUGGGCCAUGCCCAAAUGUUUGGCAACAUCAAGAGGGACCGGGCUCCUUUUGUCUUCACAUCGGACAUGGCUUAUGUCAUCAAUGGCGGCGACAAGCCCUCCAGUCGCUUCCAUGACUUUGUGGACCUCUGUUGCCAGGCUUACAACCUGAUUCGCAAGCACACCCACCUCUUCCUCAAUCUUCUGGGCCUGAUGCUGUCCUGUGGGAUCCCUGAGCUUUCUGACCUUGAAGACCUAAAGUACGUCUAUGAUGCACUGAGACCACAGGACUCAGAGGCAGAUGCCACCACUUAUUUCACCAGGUUGAUAGAGUCCAGCUUGGGAAGUGUAGCCACAAAGCUUAACUUCUUCAUUCACAACUUGGCACAGAUGAAAUUCACAGCCUCUGACUCCCGGCCAACGCUUUCCUUUGCUCCUCGUGUGUAUACCCUCAAGAUGUCCAGCCGAAUCCUUGAUGUUUUCCUCUGCCGCCAUGAAAAAGUCUUCAAUCCCAGCAAGGGCUACAUAUAUAUCGUGAAGGUGGUACGAGAGGCUCCCUCUGAGGUCACAUAUAUCCAGCGAACCUUUGAAGAGUUCCAAGAGCUGCACAACAAGCUGCGCCUCAUCUUCCCCUCCUUGCAUCUCCCCAGUUUCCCUAGCAGGUUUGUGAUUGGACGGUCACGAGGAGAGGCAGUGGCUGAGAGGAGGAAAGAAGAACUAAAUGGUUACAUUUGGCAUCUGAUUCAUGCAACCCCGGAGGUGGCUGAGUGUGAUCUGGUGUAUACAUUUUUCCACCUCCUUCCACGGGAUGAAGUUUCUGCAGGCACCAACCCAGCCCCAAAGCCUGCAGAUGCAACGUGGGCCCAACCUAUUGGAAAAGUGGGAGGGGAGGUGAAGCUAUCCAUCUCCUACAAGAACAAUAAGCUCUUUAUCAUGGUGAUGCACAUUCGAGGACUGCAGCCUAUUCAGGAUGGUAGUGACCCUGACCCUUAUGUUAAGAUCUACCUUCUGCCUGAUCCUCAGAAAACCACCAAGAGGAAGACCAAAGUCGCUCGAAAAACCUGCAAUCCAACUUACAAUGAAAUGCUUGUCUAUGAUGGGAUUCCUAAAGGAGACCUCCACCAGCGGGAGCUGCAUCUGAGUGUCCUGAGCGAAGAAGGCUUUUGGGAGAACAUCCUCCUUGGGGAGGUCAUUAUCAGACUACGGGACCUGGAUCUGACACAGGAGAAGAUGGGCUGGUUUGAAUUGGGCUCAAGGAGCCAUGGGACCAUGUGAAGAACAGCCAGGCAGCUGCAGUAGCUUUGGAAUCACUCUGGCCCCAUGGGACUUCCUGCAAAAUUGGUGCAUGUUCCAGGAGUUGUAUCCUGGUCUAUCUGAAAGGAUUUCGUUUCCUGAAAAUAAGAAGGAUGGAAAUAUUGUUUCCCUGCAAAUGAAGAGUUAAUUUCCUGUGGAGAGUGAGCAUUUUUGGGGUAGAGUCAUGAUUGGAAGUUCUUUUAUGACUUGAAAUGGCUGCCAUAGACUUGUCUUCUUUAAACAUUUACCUUGUGUCAAGGGAGCAAUGACUUAUGGUGGGGGAGGAAUAAAAUGUUAGGGGCUUUUUUCCCCUUUGGGAUAUUUUAAAUUGAAAAUUAAAAAACAAACAAACAAACAAUUUGACUCCAAAUGUUGGGUGGAGUCCGGAUGGAGAAAGAACUUUAUAAUGUGGGGCAUAUCAUCAAUGAAGUUCUUACUGGACCUUUACAAAUGUGUUUUUUUAUUUUUAAAGGAAUGUUUGCAUAAGAACAGGGUGUGAAGGAAGAUCUUUGGAGAGAGUAUGAAUGGUAGAUUAAACCCUUAUCUCUGGGAUAGGAGCUGGUGUGCUCCAACUCAAGCCAUCUUGGAGAAUUUGCUUCCAAAGGAGAGCUAUGUAACUUGUACAUGUGUAGAACCUAGAAUUUCUGUUUUCCUACUAGGAGAUGUAACCUAGAAGGCAUGUUCUGUUGGACUAAUGUCUGGACUUAUCUGAGGAAGGCAGAAGGCAACUGUAUUCCUCUUGAUUUCAAAUGUGCUUAAACAAAGGCUUUGACUGUAGCAAGUGUCUAAGAGCAGUGUGUUGCUUCCACUUCCUGUUUCCUGUUCUGAUUUUCCUGUCAAAUUUGAGUUCUUUUGGCCAGUUUGCAGAGCUGAAUCUAAUGGGAUAAGUUGUGUGCUCAGCCUUGGAAGCAGAGUGACUUUCCUGGACACAAGGCGGGAUGCAUCUGCCUUGACUCACCAAAAUUGUGACUGGAGGACUGGUUCUUUGAGAGAGCUAAACACCUAGUAAUAGUCAAGGUGUUUGGUGUGUGGUUACUUCUUUCCUGGUUACCUAACUCCCAUUGACUAAAAUGCAGGUUGCAUUAGUUAGCCUUAACGCCAUCACAGGUGACCUUCUUCAGUGUCAUCUUUGUCUUUUCUUCUAAAACAGUGGGAGGGAAGCAGGGAGUAAAACUAAGUUGCCGGGCAACGAGUUAAAAGUUUGUCUGGUAUUUGUCACUGAGCACCCGUAAUUCCUCAAAGCUCGUGUGUGCACUAACUGCGUUGCAGCACCUCCUGUAGAUCGGGUAGCCAAGGGCAAUUUAUUUGUGGUCCUUCUCCCCCCCUCCCACCUUUGAAAAGUAAAACUUCGUAGAAAACAAUGUGGGGAUAGGGAAAUUAUCAACUUUAAAACUUUUUCUCUUUACAGCUAUAUAAAGACCAGAUUGUUGUUGUCGUUGUUGUUGUUGUUUUUGAAAAUAAUUUUAAAUAAUUAAUAAAUGAUUUUUUGUCCUGUUUGGAUAUUGCCAUUUGCCUCCCUGAAUAAAAGAGCGCUUCAUCGUGGGAGAAGGGCUCAUCUUUCCACAUCCCACGCAAGAGUCUUGGAAUUUCAGACCUACCCCGCUGCCUUCUUCAUCUACCAGCCCUUGAGGGCUUGCUUGUUUACAGUGGGAACUCCCUAAGUGAUUAAACAUUUCUCAGGAUUGAAGUUUUAAAAAUAUUGUAUCUGACAGGUGAUAUGUUCUGAAGUAAACAUGGUUGGGUGGAAGGGCCUUCUUUUCACCCUUCUCCAGACUGAGGAUAGGUUGAAGGGAGUAUUUCAUUUAUCUGGACAAUGAUGCAGGUGACUUUCAGAGAGGUGACUGUAAGAGGGAACCUUGGCCAUGUUCUCUGGUUAUGUCAUCUGUCCUAUAGGAAAUGAGGUAGAGAUGGCACCUUAUGGAUACUUGUAUCUUUCUCAGUUGUAAAACUAUGGCAUUGAUUAAAAAUGAAUAAAAAAGAAAUGGAAUUCAA